AUGCAUUCUUUUAUCUCCGUUCUUCUCCUUGCUGGUACUGUUGUCACAGCCUUCGUGCAUCCAGGCGCGCUUCAUACCAUCAAGGACUUCCAACGCAUUACCAAGCACGUUGCUGAUGGCAAUGAGCCCUGGAACACCACUUGGACUUUGCUGACUUCGAGCUCCUACGCUCAGUCAUCCUACAAGCCCAAUCCUCAGACAAUUGUGUACAGAGGAAACAACGGAGCGAACUCCGAGAAUUACUCGUAUCUGUACCGCGAUGCCGCCGCCGCAUACCAACUUGCCAUACGCUGGAAGAUCACAAAUGACAAAAGUUAUGCCGACGCUUCUGUCAAUAUCUUGGACAGCUGGGCGGCGACCAUCACUGGGAUCGACGGUACUAGUGACAAGUUCCUAGCCUCUGGCUUGUACGGCUACCAGUUGGCCAACGCAGCGGAGCUUCUGCGCAAUUACUCUGGCUGGUCCGAGACCAACAAGACUGCCACUGCCAACAUGUUGAAAAACGUUUUUGCGACCAUGAACAACCUCUUUUUGGAGGACCACAACGGCCAAGACUAUUACCAUUACUAUGCUAAUUGGGAUUUGUGCAAUCUUGCCUCGCUUAUCGCCAUUGGUAUAUUCACCGAUAAUAAAACAAUGUUUGAGAACGCAGUCAACUAUGUUAAAACUGGGCCUUCCAAUGGAGCUCUCCCUGUCUUUUCUAUUGCAAAUUUUACAGAGCCGGGCUCUGGGAAAGUACUCAUGCAGGGUCAGGAGGCCGGUCGCGAUCAGGGCCAUGCUACAUUGGACUUUGCGCUCUGGGGCGUUGUCGCGCAGCAAGCGUACAACCAGGGAGUUGACUUGUUUGCUACUUACAAAAACGAGAUUCUCAAUGGCGCUGAAUACGUUAGCAAGUACAACGUCGGUUAUGAUGUGCCCUACACCCCAUAUUUAAGCUACCAGGGCAACCAAACCGUUAUUUCCAACAGCUCGCGUGGAACUAUCCGUCCUGGCUUUGAGUUAUUGUCCGCUCAUUACGGCCAGCUCAAGGGGCUUCACUCUUCUUGGACUGACGCUUAUCGUAACUGGGUUAACAUCAACUCGACUAGCGGCGUUGAGGGUGGUGGUGGAAACUACGGUCCUAACUCGGGCGGCUUUGACGCCCUUGGUUUUGGUACUCUACUUUACCGUCUUUCUUAA